AUGCUGAUACUGACAGCAGUAAAGGAGUAUGAGCUGGGAGAACAGACAGAGCAUUGCCUCAAGGAAAUGGGUGCCCGCUGUGUGGGGGAAACCUUAGACGCAGAGUACUACUACAAUACUGACAGCUUCCAACUGGCUUCUACACAGACCCGGUUGAAUCAGCAUAACAGCCAAUGGGGCCUGAUCCUGGCAGAAGAACAGGAGCUUAAUCACGCUCAGUCACACAACACCAACAAGUUGGUAGCUGGACAUUCUUAAGAAAAGAAAAGCUAAAUAUUCAACUCAUCACCUGAAGAAAAAUCGGAAACAGAAGGUCUUAGAUACAUCACAUCUCUGACAUACACAGAAAUGAGAGAUCCAUGCUCCAUCAUGCUGCACUCUAAGUGUCUCCAGCUCCCUCUGACCCACACUGAAAUGAAAAGUAUGACCAUGAAGAACUUCUUGAACCUGGCCCGGAUCCAGAUGCAUGACAGCUGGACCAGGACCAGCACAGUGACGUACUCUCUGCCUGGAGUGGAGAGAAACUACAGAAUUCCCACUGAAACUGCUUCUGCAUUUUUGAUGAUGAAUACUAAUGUGCUGAGCAUAAGCAGUGAGCUGGAAAAGAUGGAUCAGCUGUGUAAAGAACUAGGCCUAAAACCAAAGGCAAGCUCAGAUGAACCAUUCAGAGCCCCACCCUUGCUCCCUCGGACAAACAAACCGAGCUGCUCACUCUCCUACAGUGACAGCUGUCAGCGGGAAAACCUGUUUUUAAAACAUUUUGGACACAGAAAGUCCACCAUUCCCAUCAAGUGGGAAUUAAAUAUGCCAUAG